AAAGAAACGACUGAAAAAUAAAAUUCGUACAUCUCGUUUCAAGGUUGAAAACGUAUUAAGGCAUAAUCCUUUAUUUCUUCGUCAUAAGCUAGUGUCUUUUGCAUUACUACAAAAUGUCCGAGACUAUCUACGACCAAGUUGAGAUUGAAGACUUCACCUUUGAUCCUGUCACCCAGCUCUUCCAUUACCCGUGUCCGUGUGGCGACAAGUUUGCCAUCGGGAUCGAUGACUUGAAGUACGGUGAUGAUAUCGCCGUGUGUCCAUCUUGUUCGUUGAUGGUGAAGGUUAUCUUCGACCAAGAAGACUUGCAGGAGUACUAUGACCAGAUUGAGCAGUACUAAGCAAGACUCUUCACCAAUACAGUACCUUUUGAAUUUGCAGUUUGUCACAUCCGGGCACGUCUAGGAUGUCAGUCCAAGACGUCAAUCCAAAAUAUC